AAGGUAAACAGGCCAUACGGAGUUCCUCUACAGUUGUUUUGUUUGUCUUGUUAAGUCCUCUUGAAAUAUUUGCAAUCUUAAUUUUCUUUAUUCAGUGUUAUCUCCAUAACUCUUGAAUAUAAUACAAUUGUCCAGAAUUUCUUCUCAAAGAAAAUUGUGUGUUCGUAGUGUGAGUACCUAUUGUGGAUUUGAAAUAUGAGAUUCUCAUUAUUCUUAUGGAUUUUCAUCCUGACAAUCUCUGUACAUUCCAUUCUUAGCGUAGAUGGUAAGAAAGUUAAAGGACAAAGUGAAGAAAUAGAAGACUCAUCUGCUUUAAGUUCUGAGCGGAAGAUCAAAGUUAAACCCAGAAAGAACAAUAAAUACAGUUCUGAAGUUAAUUCAGAAGAAAGUUCUUAUUUUAAGUAUAAGACCAGAGGAGACACCAAAUCAAAAAAAGGGAAAAAGAAUGAUGGAUCAUGGAAUGAUGAAAGUUCAGAAAUAACCGAAGAAAGAAAAUUGAAUAAAAAGAAAACUAGGGUGAAUACUAAAAAUAAUCAAAAUGUUGAAGAGAAGAAUCAAAUAAACAACGGAAGAAAAAACAAAAAUUCUAAAUCUCGUAAAGACGUGCCAUCUAAUUUGUCAGAAGAUGAUCAAGACUCUUCCCAAGAAAUUAAUAAUCGAGUUUCGAAAAAAACGAAGAAGGAACGGAAAUUUAUCGAGAACUCUGAAGAAUAUGUUGAACCAAAAAAGACUAAAAGGAAAGUACGGAACAUUGAGGAGCCGGAAGAACUGCGGCCAAGGUCAGUUAAACGAAUGAGUAAACAAAGGAAAGAAGCCCAGGAAGAAGAAGAAGAAACGUCAACUAACGAGGAUGAAACCGAUGAUUCUGACAGUGAACUCGAUACUCAACAAGAAUUCUGCAGCAAGAAAAAUUCAGAAAUGAAUUGUUCCGAGGAUGAUGAGGAUGGAAGCGACAUUUCUGAAGAGGACGAAGAAUUGCCAACAUCAAAAAAGAUCAAGUACAGUAAGAAGUUCGCCCACGAAAAGGCAUCUAAGAAGAAUAAGAAUAAAGAGGCUGAAAGCAUCCUGAAACUUCACAGGAAAGCAGAAUCGAAUACAAGAAGUUCCAAAAGUCUGAAGAAAAUGAAAAGAUUAGAAGAUGAAGAAGAUGGAUCUAGUGAAGAAGUAGAACCUAGAAGGCGUUUUACCGCAUUCGAGGAUGACGAAGAGGUAUAGUUGUCCAGCGAAGUUAUAGUUGAAAUGUUAUUUUGUUGAUUUUUUGAUUACAUGUUAUUUUUGAAUAAAAAUUUACCUAAUUGUUGA